AUGCUGGAAGUGCGGGAGGUCCCGGGCAAGGGCCGCGGCGUGUUUGCCACACGGACCAUUACAGGUGGCGAGGUGGUGCUGCGGGAGCCACCGCUACUGCUAUACCCCCAGCAGAGCACCGCUGCCGCCUUCUGCUCCUUCUGCCUGCGCGCAUUCAACUCCCUAGAAGACAGCGCCGCGGCGGUGGUGCCAUGCGGCACCUGCGGCCGAGUGGGCUUCUGCAGCUCCGCAUGCGCGGCGGCAGCCGCGGCCGAUGUGGGCAGCCACUGCGCCGCUGUCUGCGGCCUGCUGGCGGCCUGCAACACCGCAGGACUUAGCGACGAGCAGCAGACGGCACUGCAGUUCCUGGCCCGCUGCUGCGCCCUGCGCCAGGCGGCAGCAGCCGGCGACGCGGCGGCGGCGGCCCGGUGCGCCGCCAUUGCAGGCCUGGCCGCGCCGCCGCCGCUGGUGCCGCAUCCAGCUGAGCAGCAGAGCGCACCAGGCACGGGCAGCAACAGCAGCACUGAUGUGGUUGUGCGGGAGCUGCACGGGCGGCUGAGCCACGCGUUGGCAGCGAUAGGCGCGGGCCCGGCGGCGGCGCUGUCGCCGGCGGAAGCGGCAGAGCUGCUGCGCAAGGAGGCCACCAACGGCUACGGAGUCAUGGCGCCCUCCGCACCCGACGGGGAGCGGCGCAUCCGCGGCACCGCUCUCUACGCCCAGGCCUCCCUCAUCAACCACGAGUGCCUGCCCAACGUGGCACGCUUCGACCGCUUUGACGCCAGCUCAGCGCCCGCCAGCUCAGCGCCGCACCCCGGCGCCAACACCGCGGUCGAGUUCCGCGCCCUGCACGACAUCCCAGCCGGCGAGGAGCUGACACAGAGCUACUUCCCGCUGCCCUGGCCGCUGGCCGAUCGCCAGCAGCGCUGCCAGGAGGACUAUGGCUUCCAGUGCACCUGCCCCCGCUGCAAGGAGGAGGCCACAUGGUCUGACAGCGAGUGGGAGGCGGACGGGGACGCCGGAAUGGAGGAUGCUUUGGCUGCGGAGGGAGCAGCUGACGGCGCCGCUUGCGGGCACCACUCCCACCAGCACGAUGCGCCGGGCGGCGGGCCAGCGGCAGCGGAGCAGGAGGGCGGGGCAGACCCGGCCUGCAUUAGCCUCUUCCUCCUCAAGUACGUGUGCCCGGCGGAGGGCUGCUACGGCACGCUGGCGCCGCUACCGCCGGGCGCCGGCGCCGGCGACCAGUAUGAGUGCAACAUGUGCGGGCGGCGGCGCAGCGAGGCGGAGUUUAUGGCUGAGCUGGAGGCGGCGCAGUAG